AUGGACAAAGAACUAGCUAUAUGCACAACAGAUAUUACUGCGCGUGCAUGCAAUUCCCGGUGCCGGAGAGAAUGGUCCGCACUCUGCAGUCAUGCGGAGCCUCCGAUACCAUUGAUAAGAACCAAGCUCCUUCCCAUACCUGGAAAAAGGGAGAACCAAGAAGGCCAGGUUCUUGAAAAUUGUGUGUUUUACAGCUGCGAGGAGUGUAAUUUUAACCUUCAUGUGAAUUGUGCAUACUUACCUCGCACGGUUAAGCAUGAAAGUCACAUGGAUACCCGUCACAUGGAUGCCCUCAGCCUCGCAGAUUCCUCGCCAAAUGGUGAUCCAGAUGCUGACGAGGUUUACUGUGAUACUUGUGAGAAGAAAAGAGACCCAAAAGCGUGGAUUUACCAUUGCACAGAAUGCUUCUUCAUAUCACAUAUAGAAUGCGCUCUUGAAGAAAAGAUGGCCAGCCCGUAUACAGAUGCUAAUGAAGAAAAGGAGGAUGAGAAAGAAGAAAAUGAGUGUGAAAAUGAAGAAAGUGAGAAUGAAGUGGAGGAUGACGAAGGAGAGGACGAAUUUCCGUUGUUGGACGAUAACGAGAGUGACUAUAUUGAUACCCAGAUAAGUUCUGCGAUUUUCCGUUUAACGGAAAAGAUUAACAGUCUGUCCAAUGCAGAAUAACUUUCUUUGGUUGGCUGUAUGUACAAGAUCGAUGCUGCUAAUCUUGUAAAAACCUUGUUUUAGGCAGCUUUGGUAGUUUUUUCAUUGACAGGUAACUUGAGAAUAUAUGUCUGGAAAUGGUGGUACCUUGUUGUCUUUUUUUUGUGAAUUAGUCGUUUUGUAAACAUGAUUGUAAUGAAUAAUUAGUUACU